AUGGAGUUGGUGGAUCUGUUGAUGAUGGCUUCCUGUUCUCAGAAAUUCUAUCAAAAUAUGAAAUCAUUGAUGAGAAACCGAUUCGACAAGAUAUUCACAAUCACUUAUGAGUCGGGAAUAUCGCCGUUUAUUUCAUCGUCUAGUAGUGGAGACGAACCAUUUAUGAGUAUCAAUCGGAUAUUUGAUUUCAGAGGUCGUCCACGUAUUUCAAUGAAUCUUCUCGGAAUGGAUUUACAAGUAAGUAUGCCAACCAGAAAUCAUCCACUUAUGAUACUAUCCGAUUUGGAACAUGAAGGAACACUCGUUACAUCUAUCCACAAUUAUUUCCUCGACUUCUUUGGUUCAUCGAUCAAAUAUCAGUUAAAUGUUUACCUCCUCAUGCCACCAUUUUCAAAACUGAGUAAUAUCUCUAGUACUGUUUUAUCGAGUGAUAUAGGAGUGGCUGAAUUUCUUAAGACCUCUCCUAAUCAGGAUUUUAUUGCACUAUCUCGUUUUCAUGACCAUUUGCUUGGGGGAAAUCUGGAAUUUACUAAGACGAAAGUGUUAGAUAUCGGCAAAGCGUUUCGCUCGGUAGAUGAUAUUUUAUCCAAUUUCGAAGGAAGACAGUUGUUUAUUGACGAUGGGAUCAUAAGCGAUACUGCUAUCAUCCAAUUUCUGAACAAGUGGAAUUCGAAUGAAGGAUAUCACAAUUUGGAGUAUAUCAGUAUUUCUGUCUCACACUCUCUCAAUCCAAAUCAAAUAAUGAAUAGUAUUCCAAUCAAUCAGUUAGACCCAUCUGAUCAACUGCCAGUUCACCAAGUUGCUAGAAAAGAUCGUUAUGGGAAACAUUUUUGGAGAAUCCUUAAGUUCAGCAGUCCAAAUUACAUUGUGAGAGAUUCGGAUCAAUACGUGGCAUCCAUCUUGAUUACGGCGGAUAAUAUCACUUUUGCCGCGUGGAAUAUGGCUGAAAAGGAGUUUUUGGAGAAACGGCCCGUCAAGAGAAUCUAUUGA